AUGGACAGGGUUAGUGAAUCCUUGCGACGGGAUAUUAACCGUCAAAUUAUCUGGUGCAAGUGUGACCAACCAUCGUCGGCCCUAUUAGACAUCUACAACAUCCAAAGGGAUGACAUAGGUUUCCUUGCCAGCAUCAAGGUGUUUGUUCCACUUGGUUCAUUCGUCUUUCCUGAGCAGAAGCGAGCUGACUGCCUCGCCAUGCUCUACGCUGUGCUUGUGGCCUGUGCUCUGUGUCGCUGUGUUGCUGGUUCAAAGACAACCAGGUGUGAUGAUCUAGGUGGCAAGUGUGUGCCCUCCGACUCCGCCCACUCCUGUCCAGGGAACGCCCACCGGACCUCCUACUCGACGCUGUGUCCUGAAGGCUUAGACUGCUGUCAUGAAGAUGUUUCCGAGAAUAGAGGUUUAGCUUCAGAAAUACGUUGUUUAAAUAUCACAGAGCCAAUGCAGUGUGGCUCAAUCUCAGCGCCAUCCAAGUGCGGAAAAAACGAAAUUGCAAAAAGACUACGGCAAAAUGUAGAAAGCACGGUGGAAAAUGCAUCCCCAGGAAGGCUCCUUGCAACACGACGUCUGUCAACAGUUUGUGCAACGGGCGGUCCUGCUCCUGUUGUCUCGGAGAAAGAUUUCGCUGAGUAUAUUAAUACACCUUCUAUACUGAAUGUGUCAUUUACAGAUAACCCCAAGUGCAGCAGUAACCCCAAGUGUAGGUUUAGAGGCGGCUUCUGUUUCAAGAAAAAAAGGAAAUUGUGCGGGUCAGGCCUGGUGGAGGAGGAUGGCUGUGAAGGCAAGAAAUGCAUGUGUUGCAUUGCUAAAAAAAUCUGUUCGUGUGGAAUAACCAACGAUGCUCGCAUCGUGGGCGGAACGGAGGUUGUACCCGCUUUCAAGUAUCCCUGGAUGGUGGGCGUGCUGGUGCCACACCUGCUGCCGUCUUAUCUUUGUGGCGCGACAGUCAUCAACGACCUGUUCGUGAUUACUGCCGCCCACUGCCUCUUUGACGGCUACACCGACCAGAAGCUGCGGCCCGAGGACGUGAAGCUCGGCCUGAGUGAUCACGACCAGCUCUCCGACAACGCCCUCCAGGUGCCCGUGAGCGAGCUCAUCGUCCACGAGCUUUACAAGAACUCUGACAUCUACUUCGAUGUGGCGCUCAUUCGCCUUCAGGAGCCCUUAGUGUUUCACAAAUACCUGAGGCCCGCGUGCCUCCCUACGGACGCAGCCGAAAGCUACGGAGGUCGCCUGGGCUUCGUGUAUGGUUGGGGCAUCACCAACGUAUCCGACUACAAUCUCUCCGGCCGCCUACAGGAGACACGGCUGCCCAUUCUGGGGCCGGAGUGCGACAACAAGACCAUCGGGAACGUACGGCCGACGCCCGACAUGCUCUGUGCCGGCACGGAGGAGGGGGGGAAGGACACGUGCACCGGCGACUCCGGGGGGCCGAUCACGGUGCCGGCGAGGAAGAAGCGGCACGUAAUUGUGGGCAUCACGUCCUUCGGCGAAGGCUGCGGCGACCCGGGCGUCCCUGGAGUCUACACUCGCGUCUCGGCGUACCUGGACUGGAUCUUGGAAAAGACGGCCGGGGCGUCGUACUGCAACUGAGGCCGACUGACGUGGACGCUAGAGUGUGGCUUGCGCUCCUGUACAGGCAUUUGAGCGGUCUUCUGUGUGAUA